AUUAUUUGAAGGUAAUAUGUCUUUCCUCUUUUCAAGCUGGAGAUCUGAGAGAGUUUGUAUGGAAGAGAUGAAGCACAUUUAUAUUUAUAAAUGACAUACUGUUUAAAAAAUAUAUACAUAUCAAAUAUGAAAAGGAUAAAUGAAUGAAACAAGGUAUCUUUUAGGUGCCAAGGCUGGGGUACUACUUUAAGGCAGCCAAAUAUAUUCUAAAUGAUGAAUGAUGCACAAAGCAAAACACGGGAUUCAGUGUGUAUUGAAUAUGGCCAAAAGAUAACAAAGCAAAUAAUGAAAUAAGCCAUAUAUAUUAACUAUAUAUUCAAAAAAUUAACCAUGUCAAAUCUAACAAGGGAUUGCAGUUAAAGAGUUUUACAAGAGAGUUUACCAUCCACAAGCUUAUAUGAGGCUCAACAUGACCCUAUGUAGUGGUCAUUACAAAUUGAGAAACAAAGCAUUAUUAGUUAGAAGACACAAACAAAUUAUUGGGAAACCACAGCUAGAAUAUGCCUCAUAAGCAAUAUUUAUAUUGACUUAAAAUGUUUCAUAGUAGCAUAGAUCAUGCCAUAUUGUAAUUCUUUAUUUUAUUGCAGAUAAUCCAUUUCACACACAUCCCUUCUCCUCAUUCAUGAAAUCAUGCAGCUGAACAAUAAUGUGACUGAGUUCCUUCUACUUGGGUUGGCACAGGAUCCUGUUAAGAAGAAAAUAGUGUUUGUCACUUUCUUGAUUUUCUACUUGGGGACAUUGAUGGGUAACCUGCUGAUUAUUACUACCAUCAGGACCAGUCGGGCACUUGGGAGUCCAAUGUACUUCUUCCUUUUCAACUUAUCUUUAACUGAUACCUUCCUCUCUACUUCCAUUGCUCCUAGAGUGAUUGCAGAUGCCCUUUUGAAAAAUGCCACUGUCUCUUUUAAUGAAUGCAUAGUGCAAGUCUUUUCAUCCCAUUUCUUUGGCUGCCUGGAGAUCUUCAUCCUUAUCCUCAUGGCUGUUGACCGCUAUGUGGCCAUCUGUAAGCCCCUGCACUACACAACCAUCAUGAGCCACCGGGUCUGUGGUGUGCUGAUGGCUGUGGCCUGGAUAGGAUCCUGUGUGCAUUCUUCAGCUCAGAUUUUUCUGGCCCUGAGCUUACCUUUCUGUGGUCCCAAUGUGAUUGAUCACUAUUUCUGUGACUUACAGCCUUUGCUGAAACUUGCCUGUGCAGACACCUAUGUGACCAACCUACUCUUGGUGUCCAAUAGUGGAGCCAUCUGUACAGUGAGUUUUGUCAUGCUGAUGGUCUCCUAUGUCAUCAUCUUGUAUUCUCUGAGAAACCACAGUGCAGAAGGGAGGAAAAAAGCCCUCUCCACCUGCAUCUCCCACAUCACUGUGGUCAUCUUGUUCUUUGGUCCUUGCAUAUUUAUAUACACACGCCCUGCAACCACCUUCCCCAUGGAUAAGAUGAUAGCUGUGUUUUAUACAGUUGGAACACCUUUGAUCAACCCUCUGAUUUAUACGCUGAGGAAUGCAGAAGUGAAAAACGCCAUGAGGAUGCUAUGGAACAAGCAGUUUAUCUCAGGUGACAAAAAAUGA